UAUGACCCUUAUCGUUGAAUGACCGGGUCACCCGUUCCCUAAACCCAGCGACUCUUUCUCCCGUGCGACGACUGCGGCGUUUCCUCGGCGAUCGGCUGUCUUCCUCCCCAUCGGCGAACAGCGGACGCAACGGCGGUGUCUUCCUCCGCUGAGUUCCUUUCGCUGCGGCGUUUUCCUCUCCAUCGACGAAACAGCGUCUCCGCCCCCCCGUUUGAACCAAAUAAGAUUCGGGACACCGCAAUACCUCGCCCCUUACCGACCUCACAACAAAGUGCCCAGGCGUACCCGUGACCUAAACACAGCGACUCUCUCCCCAGCGGCGACUCUCUUUCUCCCCAACGGCGACUGCGGCGUUUCCUCGGCGAGUGGUUGUCUUCCCCUCCAUCGGCAAACAGCGCAUCAAGUGCCUGGCAAAUCAGGUGUGGGUGAUGAUUUAGGUGCACACUAUGUCUUGCGGAGAAACUUUCGGAACAGAAAUUGUGGCUUGCUUUGAAGUGGGAAUAUCAUCCUUGAAAAAUGCUUGAAAAAGAAAAGAUGGGACAAGCUACGUGGGAGAGAUGAUUAAUCGAAGCUAUGUUUGAUGAAUUAGAUCCUUCCGAUGACAUUUUUCAUCACCCAGCUUCUUCCCCAGACCGAAAAUUGGGCAAAUUCCUACCUAAAGCUCGUGCAAAACCUGUUAAGGUUACCUCCGCAGCCCCCAAAACUUCUGAUGCUACCAUGUAUGCUCCUCCUCUCGAGCCUGUGGCUCCGGAUGCUGAUUCAAACCUUGAGAUGGAGCGCCCCUAUCUCCAACCUUGUGUUUCCAAUUCCUAUAGUGUGGCCUGUGACCACCAUUCCGUGCAAGAAUCUGUUGGGCAACUGAAGUCCACACUUGCAGAACCCGUAGAAUAUGAAGGUAAAUAUGUGGAGAAUUUCCAGCAAAAUCAAGGAAACAUAGAUCAGGAUGCGGAUAUGUUCUUUAGCUUGGAUUUUCCUAAUGGUCGCUUGAAGACGACUGGACCUGUUGAUAGCUUUAGGCCAAAAGCUAAUUCACAACAUGAUGACAAAGAACUUGGACUCGAGGAGUCAUUCUGUGCCUCAUCCCUCUGCUCUGGCUGCAACCAAACAGGGGCUACUCACUCUGAAAUAAAUGCAGUUCAACAACCAUUUCAGGCUGAACAAUCAAUCCUUUUAAAGACCUAUGGAGAUGGAGAAUGUGUGCAAAUUGGUGAUAUUGACGUGCGAUCCAAUAUUGCAGAAUCAAAGGAACAGGCAUCAACAAAGCUUUCCAGCAUGGACGCUCUUUACGACUUGUCUCAUUCUAGUGGAGCCAUUGGUAUGGAGGCAAUUGUUGAGGACACAAACCUUGCAACUGCUUGCUCUGGAUCAAAUAUUUUGUCAUCCAAAUUGAAUGAUACCCAACAACCUCUUCUUAUAGCAAAAGAUUUCGCAGCCUCAAAAUCCACUGAUGAUGGACUUCAAGUCUCAUUAUCGGAUGAUGAUUUGCAAGCUUUUCCAGAAAAUCGACAGGAAGUGGAGAUGGCAAUGCUUUCUGGCCUUGAAUCACUUGAUGAAUUUUCUUUUCAGCACAAUAGCACCACUGAUGUCAGACAAGUAGGCAAGUUCCAACCUAGAAACAAGUCACAACCAAUAAAGGGAACUGCUAAAUCUGUUUCUUUUAUUCUUCCUGAUGCUUCCAUUACUGGUCCUCCUCCCAUGGGAUCCUUUUCUGAGAUAACGAACCCUUCUUCUGUACAAGCGAAGAUCGAUAUACCUGUGGACAAUCCUUUGCAUUCAUCAAUCAUAACCUCAGACUGCAAUGAAGGUGUUCAAAUAGAUCACCGAGAGGUGGGAGAAGAGAAUAGAGAAGAAAUCAGACUUCCAAAGGGUUUGGAGGAUAUUCAUACCGAGUCCCAAUCCCAAAUUGUUCAAAAACUUAAGCAGCGGAUCCAUGAAGGAAGGCCUACUUCAGAAAAUGAUGAAGAUGAUGAUGCUCAUAAACCAUGUAGGAAACUGAGAAAGAGGAUAGCCAAGUGCAGUACUGACCAAAUUGAAGUUGGAAGCAAUGAUGAACGUGAUAUUGACAACUUUAAUGUCUCUCAGAUGGAUAACAGCCAAAGUGAUGAUUGUCAUAGGGAUGAAGAUAUGCCUAGGCCAAAGAGGACCAAGAGAAAGUCAAAGAGGCAGACAAAUGAAAUCGAAAAACCCACUCGGAAGCGUAAGAAAGCCUUUGAAAAACCUGAUUCUGUUGUAGAGAAUUCACCUAAAAAGAAGUUUCCUCAUGCCACAAGGCGAAGGAGAAGGCAAGUGAACAAAGUUUUACUGCAAACACCUGAAGAUGAGAUUGACCCGAGACAGAUUAGCAUAAGAGACCUAAUAAUGCUUGCAGAAGCUAAGGAGCGUAUAGCAAGUAAAGAAGCGGCGGCAACGAGUAAAUUAUUCUCAGGUCAGAGUACUAGUUCUUUGUCCAAUAAUGAGGACAUUCUUUUUGGAGAGGAUCAAGAACUGAAUCAUUCAGGUGAAGAAGCAAAUCAGAAUGUGCAAUCAACUCCCAAGAGAUUGAAUUACCAUUCUUACAUGAACCGGCCACAAACUAGUAGAUGGUCAAAAGCAGAAACAAAGUUGUUCUACGAGGCUAUUCACCAAUUUGGAACAGAUUUUGCAAUGAUACAGCAGCUGUUCCCUAAUCGCACACGCCAUCAAGUGAAACUAAAAUUCAAAAUUGAAGAACGCAAACAUCCUUCGCAAGUCCAUGAUGCUUUACUUCGUCCUUCCAAAGAUCGUACACACGUUAUGCAAGUAAUUAAGCAGCUCCAAAUUAGGGCAAAGCCAACUUCCAACGGAGAGACAGAUGGUGAUCAGGUGAAUCGAUUGCAGGAUGGCGUUGGUAAAAAGGAGGAAGAAACAAGCGGAGUCCAGAGUGACCAAGAGCAGCAGAGUGAUUGUGAAGAUGAAGUUGAGGGCCCUGAGGAGUUGGAUGAUUCGAAAGGUGAAGCCAAUAGUCCCUCGAAUUUUGAUGAGCAUCAGGGUCUGUUCGAGUGGGAUGGUGCUACUUCCCCUCAAGACACAGAAAAAGACACUCGCUGGGAGAUGUGAACCGUGGUUGGACCCCUAUCCUGCCUCUGCCUGCCUGCCUUCCCACGGAGUAUCAAUUAUGAUUGAUUAACGACUUCCUCUAUUUUAUUAUCUUCUUGUAUCAUAAUUUUAUUUCUCUCGAUGUUAUCGUGUGUUGAGAUUUGGGUUUCGUGAUGUGUGAAGGGGACAUUCGUAACUUUCCACGAUAGCAAAAUGUUUGCCUCUGGAGUUACUUUCCACGUGAAAGCUGGUUUGCGCUGCUUUUGCAGUGCCAGACGCUUGUUGGAAAUUUAAUCGAGAUAGAUACUCAUUUCUCCUUGGAA